GUAGGACUUAGCAAAAAACGUUGGUUGUGGUCAUACGCAACACUAUGGUUAUUGUAACCGGGGGGUUUAAUCUGUCAUGUGGGUUGUUCUAGGUGGUGCGACUCAUAGAAACGAAUCUUUACAUCGUAAUAACGUAGGUUAACAUGGCCGACGACGCCCCUUCCGUAGCCAGGAAAGCUGUUCUGAAAAUGAGCGACGUUCUCCCGCAGGACGUGCCGCGGAUCAAAGGAUAUGACUUUAACCAGGGGGUGGACCACAAAGCACUGCUGCACUCCUACCUCACCACGGGCUUCCAGGCCAGCAACUUCGCACUCGCUGUUCAGGAGAUCAAUAAGAUGAUUGAGAGACGGCUGGAGGAGGCAGUGGAGGAGCCGGAGAAGCAGCAGGACACCUUUGACCUUCAGCAGGAUUGCUCAGGCUGUACCAUUUUCCUCGGCUACACCUCCAACCUCAUCAGCUCCGGUGUCCGCGAGACAAUUCGCUACCUUGUCCAGCACAAAAUGGUGGAUGUGAUUGUGACGACGGCAGGAGGUAUUGAGGAAGACCUCAUUAAGUGCUUGGCUCCUACGUACCUGGGAGACUUCAGCCUUCCAGGCAAGGAGCUACGUCAGAAGGGCAUCAACAGGAUUGGCAACCUCUUGGUCCCAAAUGAAAACUACUGUAAGUUUGAGGACUGGUUGAUGCCUAUCCUCGACCAGAUGGUACUAGAGCAGAAAACCGAGGGUGCUCAUUGGACUCCAUCAAAAAUGAUCCACAGACUGGGCAAAGAAAUCAAUAACCCCGAUUCUGUCUACUAUUGGGCGUACAAGAACAACAUCCCAGUGUUUAGUCCUGCCCUUACCGAUGGCUCGUUGGGUGACAUGAUCUAUUUCCAUUCCUAUAAAAAUCCUGGAUUGGUCCUGGACAUUGUGGAAGAUAUCCGGAGGUUGAACUGUAAAGCUGUGUUUGCCAAGAGCACAGGCAUGAUCAUCCUGGGUGGAGGCCUCAUCAAGCACCACAUUGCCAAUGCCAAUCUUAUGAGAAAUGGCGCUGACUUUGCUGUGUUCGUGAACACUGGCCAGGAGUUUGAUGGCUCAGACUCUGGCGCCCGGCCUGAUGAGGCUGUGUCCUGGGGAAAGAUCCGCAUGGAUGCCAAACCUGUGAAGGUCUAUGCGGAUGCCUCCAUCAUCUUCCCCCUGUUGGUGGCUGAGACCUUUGCCCACUAUGCGAGCAGGCUGUGUGGGGACAGCAAGAGCAAAUAGUGGUGCCUGCUUUUCUCUUUCUUCCAUGCUCUCUCUCUCUCUCUCUCUCUCUCUCUCUCUCUCUCUCUCUCUCUCUCUCUCUCUCUCUCUCUCUCUCACACACACACAUACACACACACAUGUUUAUUGUUAUGUCAGCUUUGUAUAUAGGAGUUUUAUUUAUGUUGGUUUUAUUUAUGUUGGUAUUUUGAUGUUUGGUUAUGUUCAAGCUGAAUAUCAAGUCCUCAUUUAAUCUGUUUUGUUGUUUUUUAUUCUGCUUUUGUGUUGUGUGUAUGUGGCAUUUGUUAGCUGUCUAAAAUUAUGCUGUUGUGAUUGUCUUCUUUCAACAAAGAAUGUGAAUGCAAAGAAUCAAAUAAAACUAAAAUGUAAAAAGAAAAA